AUGUCCGAGUUGCUGGCUUUGGUACUGUACAUCGCGACGCUGGGAUUGACGGGGAGUAUCUGCGUCUCGGCCGCUUUCUUGCCUAUCCUGAAUCGAGGAUGCAGCCAAUCUCUGGAACAUGCUCUCGCUGCUGCUCGUCGGCUGCAUUCUUACUACGAUAAAGAUCGCGGAAUGUACAGCGAGAACUAUUACCAGUGGACAGACAGUAAUGCACUCGAGGAUGUCCAGAACCUCAUGCUACUCUCGGGAAGUGACGCCUACCGCGAGACCUCAGAGAGUUCAUAUCUAGCUCGCGCAGCGCUUGACCCUGGGACGGACUGGAACAGUUGGCUGGGGAAAUAUAAUGAUGACACUCAGUGGCACGUCUUGUCUCUAUGGAGGAUGUCUGACUAUAGACGUAGGAGGGGUAGCGAUCCACGGCCGUAUCUAGCUGCCGCCGAGCGUAUGUAUGAUAUAAUAUCGGCUCAUUGGGACGACGAGUGCGGAGGAGGCUUGUGGUGGACGACCGAACACACGUAUAAGAACGCGAUCACCAAUGAGCAGUUCCUGCUCCUGUCUGCUGCCGGGUAUCUGAGAAAUCAUAACCAAACGUACUUGGACAAUGCGAACAACGUCUGGCAGUGGCUACGGCACUCAGGGAUGCGGAACCACCAAGGUCUAUUCAAUGAUGGACUCAAUUUCACUUCGUGCCAUAAUAACGGUCAAACAACCUGGACGUACAACCAAGGCCUCGUAGCAUCUGGGUUGGGGGCCCUAUCCGCGGCGACUGGAGACAAGGCUUUGCUCGACGAGGCGGAGAUUACUCUGGAUGCGACAAUAAACCACCUGACUACCAAUGGUAUUCUGCGCGAGACAUGCGACAAAGACACGAACGAAGGCAAGAACUGUGAUGGCGAUCAGCAAAUUUUCAAGGGCCUGUGGACAAAGCACCUCAUGUAUUAUUUGGAAUUUGCGAACGAGCCGCAUCGCGCGCAGAAGUAUUCGCAAUUCUUGGGUGCUCAAUCAGCCGCGAUAUAUCGCCACGCUACGAAUACCACCUCAGGUGACAUUGGUUCCGUGUGGUAUACUCCGAAUCAGGCGGGUUCCAUCUUCUCGUACAAAACAGUGACAAGCGGACUCGCGGCCCAUAUAGCCGCUGCGAAGUACGGCGCAUGCUAG